GUCUACAACAGCAUGGGCACCAUCAACCACUAUGCACUGGAGCAGAUGCACUUUGUGACGGAAUUGUCGCAGCACAUCAAGAUGAAGGCCUCGGACAAGGAGAGCCAGGACCUGGCCAGCACCUUCCCCGCCUUCGUUUGGGCCGUGCGUGACUUCACUCUGCAGCUGUGCCUGGAGGACGGGACCCCCAUCACGGAGGACCAGUACCUGGAGCGGGCGCUGGAGAGGAGGGCAGUCCGCAACAAGGAGGUGCCCUGCAUCGAGAACGCGGUCCUGGCCCUGGCACAGUUGGAGAAUAGGGCCGCUGUGCAUGAGGCGGUGCAGCGCUAUGACGAGAUGGAGGAGCUGAUGCGCCCGAUGCUGCCCACGGAGGAUGUGGCGAGGCUGCUGGUGGCCCAUAGCUGUUGCGAGGAGGAGGCCCUCCGGGUCUUCAUGGGCCGGGCCUUCAAGGACAAGGGCCAGCGCUUCCAGAAGCAGCUGGCGGAUCAGCUGCAGGCGAAGUUAGGGGAGCUCUGCCGGCGGAACGAGGUGGCCUCUCUGGACCGCUGCCAGGCUGUCCUGAUGGAGCUGUACCAGGAGGUGGAGGACAACGUUGUGCGUGGGCACUACCUGCAGCCGGGGGGCUACCAGCGGUUCCUCAGCGACCGGCAGAGCGUGGUGGAUCGCUUCCACCAGGUGGAGGACAAGGGGCUCAUGGAGCAGCGCCGCCUCCAAGAGGAGGGCUUCCACAGGGAGGUCUCCCGAAUGCAGGGCGAGAUCCAAGGCCUGAGGCACCAGAUCCAGAACCAGAGGAGCGGUGGAGGCGGAGGCAGGAUCUGCACCAUCUCUUGA